GAGCCGUCGAGCUAGCUGGCUAACAUUAGCACGACGAUUAGCUAGCUUUAUGUUACGCGCAAUGAAUGGACUGCGCCUUUUAAUGUCCGUCGCUUUGUUCUAUGAGCAACCGUCGAUGGCGCUAUUCACAGCGAUUAGAUGUCAAAGUGGUUUUCUGUGGUGUUAAAUACAGUCCGCGGUUGCUAACAAGUAAACCAUAUCCAUACGGGCUGUGUCCAAACACAGCCUUGCUAGCAUUGUGAAGCUAACUUGCUAACCAUUAACGUUAGCUGUAGCGUUGAUACCGGUAUUAAACAGUCAGGAGCCGUCUUGUUCGUAGCCUAUAAACAUAUAAACAUUGUCCCGUAUUACAACAAUGUGCCGUUUGCUAAACCUAUGACUUUGUCUAACGUAACUAGAAACAUUUGAAGCGUAACUCUGUGGUUGUAUUACAAAUGCACUUUGUCCCGUGUGUUGCGUUGUAGCGACCGCCACCUAUUUUCCCAGCACAUUUCAAUUACAUUGCUCAGCUUAUCAUGUAAAGUCUGUCCGAUUUGUCUCUCUUUUGCAAACGAAUAUCCUUCACUAUAUGUAUGCACCCUAAAUGCGUUGCAGACGUGUGCAGCUCUGGACUAAACCAUUGUAAAAAUGCUUCUCCCCAGGUCAAUUGAGGAUGAACGAGCAGGACAGCGGGGUGGUCUCCUUUGAUGAGUAUGUACGGCAAAAGGCCCGCACGGUUCCUCAGCACAGGAUGAAGGAGUUCCUGGAGUCUCUGGCCAAGGGCUCCGAGGUGCUGCAGGAGUUCAGCCAGCAGGGAGGGGCUGCCACCACCACCACCACAGCAGCCAUGGUGUACCAGCAGCAGGAUGCCAACUGUGUGUACACCGACAGCACCGAAGUGGCCGGCUCCCUCUUAGAGCUGGCUGGUCCGGUGACCUCGGCCGAGAUUUCGCCUCAUCUGUCCGUGCAUCAGGAGUCUGAACAGCAGCUUCAGGUGCAGGUUCAGAUUCAGGAACAGCAAGGCCAAUCGGUUGGCCAGGUUCUUCAGGUGGCCUCCCCCUCUCAGCAAGACCUGCAGGGAAUCUCAACAGCUCACUUUGUCCAGCAGGGAGAGCUCACAGAGGAGCAACAGCAGCAGAUUCAGGCGCAGCUGGUUGCAGCUGUAGCUGGGGGACAACAAAUCCAGCUGUCAAGUGGACAACAGAUCCAGCAUAUUCAGCUGCCUGGCGGCCAGCAAAUUCAGCUCGAGGCAGGCCAACAUAUUCAACUACAGGGAGGGCAACAGAUUCAACUACAUGAUGGCCAACAGAUUCAGCUCCAGGGUGGCCAACAGAUUCAGCUCCAGGGUGGCCAACAGAUUCAGCUCCAGGGCGGCCAGCAUAUUCAGCUCCAGGGCGGCCAGCAAAUUCAGCUCCAGGGCGGCCAGCAAAUUCAGCUCCAAGGCGGUCAGCAAAUUCAGCUCCAGGGCGGCCAGCAAAUUCAGCUCCAGGGCGGCCAGCACAUUCAACUCCCAAGUGGCCAGCAGAUUCAGCUGCACGGUGGCCAACAAAUUCAACUGCAAGAUGGCCAACAGAUCCAGAUUCAGACCAUCGAGGCCAUGUCUCAUUCGCAGCAACAGGACUCUCCCAGGGAGGCAGAGAGGAGGUCCGCCACUGUCUCAACGGUUCUCCAACCUGCCAAGAAGCGUAAAGUGGAUGUCCCUCUUGCUGUGUCCUACGCUGUGCCACAGGGCCAACAGGUGGCCACAGUUCUAACCAUCCCUCAAGGGCAGCAGCAGAGCUACGUGUCCCUACGACCAGAUCUGCUCACUGUUGACAGCGCACAACUGUACAGCACAACAGGAACAAUCACCAGUCCCACAGGCGAGACCUGGACCAUCCCUGUGUACUCCACACCACAGCAGCAGGGGGUCACUCACAUUGCAAUACCACAGGACACGUACAACACAAUGCAAGCCACCACCACCAACGGUAAGGACAAAAUGUCCCCCAAUUCGUCAUCGAGGUCCACAGAUGUGCAGUCGGUCUCCACCGGGUCACAGGAAGAAAUUGUACAAACCCUGUUCCCAGCUCAGUUCAUGAACGGCAACAUUCACAUCCCUGUGGCCGUGCAGACGGUAGGCGGGACUUACAACACUACACAGUCGGUACACAUAUGGGACCCAAAUCAACAGCAGAGCCAAGGAGAAGAUGGACAAGAGCAGCAGCUCCAUCUGCAGGGCCACAUGGAGACGGAGGGUAACGAACCACCUACAGAGAUCAUGGUUCCUAUCUGCCUAAAGCCAGAGGAAGGCCUGGAGGUCUGGCGUCUUUGGGUGAAGCGAAAAAACGCAGAGCUAAACAAGCAGGAAAAGACCAAGCUUGCACCCAUAGGACGUCGUCAGCCGCUGCGUUAUCAAGAAGACUUGGUGUCCAGCGCGGUCGCCGAGCUGAACCUCGGCCUCUCCCUAAUGACGCAGGAGGCACGAGGAUCAGACGAAGAGCAAUUCACAGCCGAUGUUCUAUAUUACGUUUUUUUGUGUAUACAAAAGUAUCUCUUUGAAAAUGGCCGUGUGGAUGACAUUUUCUCCGAUCCGUACUACACACGUUUCUGUGGGUGUUUACACAAAAUCCUGGAUGGUUGGAAACCCAGUGUCCAUCCUUUAGGUUACGUCAUCCCGAGUCACGUGACCGAGGAGAUGCUGUGGGAGUGCAAACAGCUCGGUGCACAUUCACCAGCCACAUUGCUCACAACUCUAAUGUAUUUCAACACUAAGCAUUUCCACCUGAUGACAACCGAACAGCACAUGAAAGCAGCUUUCUCAAAGGUCCUCAGGCACACGAAGAAGAACCCCGCCAACGCCAAGGACAAAGCAACCAGCAUCCGCCUUCUGAAAGGACAAGGUCCAAACAGCGCAGGACAGAAAGGUGCUCAAAACAGAACGGAUGACAUGUACGAGGAGCAGGCCGAGGAUCCCGAGAAUCCCCUUCGCUGCCCAAUUAAACUUUAUGACUUUUAUCUCUUCAAAUGUCCUCAAAGCGUGAAGGGACGUAACGACGCAUACUACAUGACACCGGAGCCCGUCGUCGCACCCAACAGCCCGAUGUGGUACUCGUCUCAGCCCCUCACGGCUCAGCAGGUGGAGCAGGUGCUGGCCCGCAUCAUUGUAGUCCGAGAGAUCCAGGAGAUCAUCUGCGCCGGUCCGGAUGCCAUGAGCUAAAUCGAGAGGACUCGUGGGAACUUGGUCUUUCGUUGCUGAUUGUUGACUAUGCAGUAUCCAUCCUGACUCUCUAAACCCCAAUGACCAUCAUCUCAAAUGAAAGGGAUCAAUCAUUAUUUCUUUCUGAGGAGUGCAUCACAACAGCAAAGCUAUUUUUUUUCCUUCUGUUUUCAGCUGAUUGGUUGGACUGUCCUUUCUCUUGACUACCUUUGUAAGCCAUUGCCUCUGUAACCUUUAAACGGGCAAGUAACUGAGACUUUAGUCUCACCCCUGCUGGACUAUGAUUGACCUCCCGCCCUCUGAGCUCUGCAGAGGUGGUAGUGUCCUGUAAAUGCAUCAAAACAAUGUGAGGAUAUUUAACCUUUACUACUUAACCUCAGACCAUUUACCAAAUAGUCUCUUCGAAGUCCAACUACAUGACAUCUUAAUGGACAAUUACAGGGACCACCUCUCGCAACUUUAUUUUCUAUAUUGACUGCAUUUUGGAUCAUGUAUUGAUACGUUGAAAGCUGAAAAACUUGUGCCUGUUUUAAAAAAAAAAAAAAUACUUGUGGAUCAUUGAGUGAGUUGAUCCUCAGGUUUUCACAUGGUCAAAGUGCUAUAUUGUAGUAAUGCAGGAAAUGGGAAACAUUCUCAGGUCAAAGCUAGUGAUUAGAUCACCCUUUGACAGUUUUGCCAACUUAUUCUUGUAUGUAUGUACAUUAGGUCAUUAAACAGGACAUACAGAUGGAAAACCCUUUGAGCGAAUACAGCAUUAAUCUUUGUAUCAACAGUCUGGACAAUUCAAGAGUAUUUAGCACCAGAUGUGGAAAUGCAUCUCUGAACUUUGAAAUAAGGAUUAGUUUGGGGCCUUUUCAAGAAUGAAUUCAAACACAGUAUCCAAACCGUAAUGUCGCCUCCUACCAGGUGACGGAUUUGGAUCACGACGUUGGCAAAUUGUGUUUUGGCGUUAACACAAAAGAUGUUUAAAAAAUGCCCUAAAAGAAUAUUCAAAAAAGUUUCAGAAAUAAAUAGGAAAAAUAAUGCGUAGCUGUUAAUAUACAUUUUUCAAAUAAAUGUAGUUAUAUUGUUUUCUGAAAUGUAGUUACAGAAAAUGGGCAACAAGUUCCUCAAAACAGUCCUGUUAAGAACACAACCAUGUUUACAGUAGCACAAACCUAUUCAUUGAUCUGUGUUCUCAAAGUUUAUAAGAUUGAUGCGUUUAACCUAAAACCACUCACCUCUUACAGGAUUCUGCAGGAAUCGCUGGAUACUUCAAAGCAUUGUUUCCAAUUUCAUUAAAAUAAAACUUUUAAAAGG